AUGAGGGUUGAGAGACGAAAAAAAGAAGAAGAAGAAGAAGAAGAACGAAAAAGAAGGAAGAACAGAAAGAAGAAGCAGGUGGUUGAGGGUGGAGAGUCGAAAAAGAAGAAGAGAAGAAGAAGGAAGAAGACGAAAAGAAAGAAGAAGAAGAAAGAAAAAGCAAGGUGGCUGAAUGGUGAGAAGCUGAAAAAGAAGAAGAAGAAGAAGAAGAAGAAGAAGAAGAAGAAAAGAAGAAGAAGAAGAAGCAUGGCUGAGGGUGAUGAGACGACAAAAGAAAAAGAAGAAGAAGAAGAAGAAGAAGAAGAAGAAAAAGCAUGUGCUGAGGGUGAGGGUGGACGAAAAAGAAAAAGAAGAAGAAGAAGAAGUAAGAAGAAGAAGAAGAAAGAAAGAAGAAGCAAGUGGCUGAGGGUGGAGAGAUCGAAAAAAGGAGGAAGAAGAAGGAAGCAGAGAAAGAAGAAGAAGAAGAAGGCAGGCUUGAGGGUGAGAGACGAAAAAGAAAGAAGAAGAAGAAGAAGAAGAAGAAAGAAGAAGAAGAAGAAAGAAGAAGAAGAAAAGAGUGGCGAGUGGGAGAGACGAAAAAAGAAGAAGAAGAAUAAGAAGAAGAAGAAGAAAAGCAGUGGUGAGGGUGAGAGUAAAAACGAAAAAGAAGAAAAGAAUAAAAAGAAGAAGAAGAAGAAGAAGAAGCAGUGGCUGAGGGUGAGAGACGAAAAAAGAAGGAAGAAGAAGAAGAAGAAUCAGAAAAAGAAGAAGAAGAAAAGAAGCAGUGCUGGAGGGUGA